GUUGGAAAAUUGAAAAGCAAACUACCCACCACAAUCGACGUUUACUAUAUAUAUAUACAUACAUACUGCGGCAAGAGUUUUGAGGAGGAGGAACUUGAACUGGGCGAGAACUGCGUCGAGAUGCCACAGAAUCUAAGCAGCAAGCGCCAGGCCCGUGAUCUGGAUCCAGAGCUGGAGAACGAGGUCCUGGACUUGGCUCCACCGCCAAAGAGAUUAGCUGAAAUCAAGCAGGAAACGGUGAAGGAGGAAGAGGAGCUGGAGCCCAGUGUGGUGCCACCACAGCCCAUGAAUUUUGCGCCCGAGGAAAUGCAUCAGGCGCUGCAGCUUCAGUUGCAUAGUUACAUCGAAAUGGUCCGGCAACUGGCUCCCGAGGCUUUUCCCAAUCAAAACCUGGCAUCACAGUUUCUGCUCCAGAAUUCUCUGCAGGCCCUGGCCCAGUUUCAGGCACUACAGCAGAUAAAGCAGCAGCAGAGGGAGGAUCAUCCGCCCAGUUAUUCCACGCCGUUGGCCAAGUCUCCCCUAAGAAGUCCCUCCCUGAGUCCUGUGCCCAGGCACAGCAGCAAGUCCCAGCAGCGGACGCCCCCCAACUCGAUGACUGCCAAUUCCCUGGGACUGAGCAGUGCUGUGAUGACUCCAAAUACACCCAGCAUGCAGCAGCAUCAGCAUCAGCACCAGCAGCAGAGUACUCCCAAACCCCAGAGUGGUCUGACAGUGGCCUCGGCCAUGGCCAAGCUGGAACAGUCGCCGGAGGAGACCACGGACUUGGAGGAGCUGGAGCAGUUCGCCAAGACCUUCAAGCAGCGUAGGAUCAAGCUGGGCUUCACCCAAGGUGACGUAGGUCUGGCCAUGGGUAAACUCUAUGGCAAUGACUUCUCUCAGACCACCAUCUCCCGCUUCGAGGCCCUCAAUCUGAGCUUCAAGAACAUGUGCAAGCUAAAGCCACUGCUCCAGAAGUGGCUGGAGGAUGCUGACUCGAGUGUGGCCAAGUCAGGUGGCGGUGUGUUUAAUAUCAACACUAUGACCAGCAGUUUGACCAGCACACCAGAGAGUACUGGACGCAGGCGUAAGAAACGCACCUCUAGAACCACGGUGCGUACGACCCUGGAAAAGGCCUUUCUGAUGAACUGCAAGCCCACCUCGGAGGAGAUUAACCAGCUUUCGGAGCGUCUGCAUAUGGACAAGGAGGUGGUGCGUGUGUGGUUCUGCAAUCGUCGCCAGAAGGAGAAACGCAUCAAUCCCUCCCUGGAUCUGGACAGUCCCACGGGUACUCCUCUGAGCAGUCAUGCCUUUGGGUAUCCACCUCAGGCCCUGAACAUGUCCCACAUGCAAAUGGAAGCCGGUUCCGGUUCCCUCUGCGGCAGCUCCAUCAGUUCCGGUGAAUAGGAAGAUCCGAAGAUCCCGGAAAUACCUGUAUAUAGUCAGCUUUUACUCCAAAUUCUUCCACAACAUUCCAACACAAAACACUAAACAGACACACUCCAUAUCAAAUACAACAAAAGCCAUGGAUGUAUUUAGGAAUCUAGGUGAUAGCCAGUCGUAUCAGAAGAGAUCCAUUACGAAUUUAUGAGUACUUAUAGCUCCACAUUACCUAUUCGUAUCUGUAUGCAUGUAGAAGAGUUUCUCUAGUUCUAACAAGACCCCCAAAAAUGCCAUAAAUAUAUGUAUGUAUCUGUUGUGUCCUAUAUCCUAUAGCCACACAUCAUCGAUUGAUCCCUAGAGCUGUA